AUGAAAGAAGAUUAUGAGCGAUUGAAUCGAACGCCAAAUAUGGCAAUCCUUUAUGGAUCACCCGAGGAUGAAAGGAAUCGUUAUCGAGACAUUGGAUGUAUUGAGAAAACACGUGUUAUUCUCAAAAAUGUUGACGUACGAGCAAAUUAUAUUCAUGCUAAUUUCAUUCAUUCUGGAAAGCAUAAAAAGCGUUUCAUUUGUACACAGGCUCCGUUAGAAACGACAAUUGAAGAUUUUUGGCGGAUGAUAUGUCAAACACAAUGUGAAUACAUUGUUAUGUUAUGUGAUUUUGUUGAAAAUAAUAUGUCAGUUUGCGCCGAUUAUUGGCCACGUGAAGAGGGACAACGAGCCGAAUAUGGCGAUACAGAAAUAGAAAUACAUGAAGAUAAUGUAAAUUAUACGGCAAUUAAAAGUAAACUUCGUAUUAUCUCUCGGUUAGGACUUCAUAGCUGUACGCAUUUUUAUUGGCCUGAAUGGACUGAUCAAAUGCCACCACCAUCAUUUGAAAUGAUACAACGAAUUGCGAAAAACAUUAGACGAUCAAA